UCCUAUAAUCCACACACUCAGCACCCACCAAAUCCACCUUCCGAGGGAGGGAACUCCUUCCUCACUAGCACUCUGAACGGCAAGUUCUGGGUUUUUUUUCCCCGAGGCUAUAAAUGCCCCCAAACAGCGCGAUAAGGCCUUAUCUUUUUUUCUCAGGAUCUCUCUUGCGCGUCUGGCAACCUGGAAGUGUUUGGAGAAGCGGGCUGCAUUUGGAGAACUAUGGAUUGUUCAGCCUGCGAUGUGUUCUGUGUCUAACCAGAGAAAACAACGAUUAGGAAGGGCUCUGUAAAUCCCCUUUUGCACUGUGGAGAGACCGGAAGGAGGGAGCUCUGCUGUGUGAUGCUCGCUAUACGUUGACAAAUUUAGCUCACAGUGCUUGGGUUGCGGUGCCUCUAUUGCAAGGAUUGUGUGGCGAUAUGGCGGAGACGGAGGAAGGCUUCGGACUGCCAGCAGCACCUCAUAGCGAGUCUGAGCCCAAUGAGCAUUCAUCUGAAAGUAAGCAGGACAGCCAACUUGGAGCCGCCAGCAAAUCUCCCCCCUCACAACAAGCUACAUAUACUCAACAGGGCAUGGAAGGAAUCAAGGUGUAUUUGCAUGAACGCGAGUUAUGGUUGAAAUUUCACGAAGUCGGAACCGAAAUGAUAAUUACUAAAGCAGGAAGGCGCAUGUUUCCUAGUUACAAAGUGAAGGUGACCGGGUUAAAUCCGAAGACAAAAUACAUCCUGCUAAUGGACAUUGUGCCAGCAGACGACCACCGUUACAAGUUCGCUGAUAACAAAUGGUCUGUGACUGGGAAAGCAGAGCCUGCAAUGCCAGGCAGGUUGUACGUUCACCCAGAUUCGCCCGCUACCGGAGCCCACUGGAUGAGACAAUUAGUCUCCUUCCAAAAACUCAAGCUUACCAAUAACCACCUCGACCCCUUCGGGCACAUUAUUCUAAACUCGAUGCACAAAUACCAGCCCAGGCUGCACAUUGUAAAAGCUGACGAAAAUAACGGGUUCGGUUCCAAGAACACCGCUUUCUGUACGCACGCUUUCCCGGAAACCUCCUUUAUUGCGGUCACGUCCUACCAGAACCACAAGAUUACGCAGCUCAAAAUCGAGAAUAACCCUUUUGCAAAGGGAUUUCGAGGAAGUGAUGACAUGGAGCUGCACAGAAUGUCCCGCAUGCAAAGUAAAGAAUACCCUGUGGUUCCCAGGAGCACGGUCAGACAACGCGUGGGCUCGACAGCGAAUCACUUCAGUGGAGAAGUGCGUGUGCUGCCUGUGUCCAACAGCCUGAACUCACAAUAUCAAUGCGAGAACGGGGUUUCCAGUUCGACACAGGAGCUGUUGCCUCCCAACCCGUACUCAGUCUGCCAGGAGCAGGGCCCUCUUUACCACUGCACCAAGAGGAAAGCAGUGGAUGAAGAUUGCAACUCGACAGAACACCCAUACAAGAAGUCAUAUAUCGAAACCUCUCCUCCAGAGGAUGACCCAUUCUACAGGUCCUCAAGUUAUUCCCAACAGCAAAGCCUUGCUCCCUCUUAUAGGACUGACUCAGCACAGCGACAAGCAUGCAUGUAUGCUGGCUCAACAGCAGACACAGACCCCGGCUCCAGCCUUGAAGACAUUCAUUGUAAUGCUUGGGCUACUGUUCCCUCAUACAGCAGCUGCACAGUUACGACAAUGCAACCCAUGGACAGACUGCCAUACCAACACUUUUCAGCGCAUUUCACCUCAGGUCCAUUAAUGCCUCGCAUCUCUGGAGUUGCCAACCAUACGUCUCCACAGAUAGGGGACACUCACAACAUGUUUCAACAUCAGAGCUCGCAUCAGCCCAUAGUUCGGCCAUGUGCCCCUCAAGCUGGGAUCCAGUCUGCAAGCAACCUUCAACCUGCUGACUACUUGUAUCCACAUGGUAUGUCAAGAACCCUCUCACCACAUCAAUACCAUUCAGUACCUGGAGUGGGCAUAGUGCCUGAAUGGACUGAAAACAGCUAAUUCAAAGAAUUCUCCAUUGAUCUGACAUACAUGAAUGUUUGUAUUUGUUGAAGUUGGACAUUGUUUCAAGCAAUAUUUAAAAAUACCAAACCUGACUGUACAUUUUAAUGAUAAAACUUUAUAUAAUGACAUAUAUUUGAUUUAUUCUUCAUUGCCCACUCCACCCACUAUUUAUCUGAAUGAAAUUGAAAUUGGUUAUUAGCGUUAAACAAAUGUGAAGAGUUCCAUCUGGUGGAUGUUUCUCUGCGUUAUGUGGUCCAUAUUCUUCAGAAAGUUGCAAGCUUUUUGUUGGACAAACAGAAUAAUCAGUAAUAUGUAUACAGUUCAUCAUAAAUUUCCCCAUGUUGUGCCAAUUUUCUCUUUCCAUUUUGUUCUUACCAUAAAUUCAUACUGUAAACGUGAAGAGGUAUGAAUGUGGAGUAAUGAGCAUUGAAGGAUUUCUUCAUGCUGACACCUGCAUUCUUACAGCUAUCCCCGAAUGAAAGAAAUUGGUUUCCUCAGUUCUUCUGGGUAGUUACCAUGAUAUUUCUUUAAUAACUAUUUUGAAGUGUUGCUAAUAAGAUUUAUGGUGAGGUACAUCAAAUAAAAUGUUUGUGGGACUACUGAUUAGAACAUUACACUUUGUUAAGUAUAGUAACUUUUUGCUACAUUGAGAGCUUUAAUAUUUCCAAGAUAGAUGCCAGACAAAACAAUCCUGAAGAGGUCUUAUGCACACAACAACAGUGUUGAAGGGAAGUAAGUCAAUGUCUCCUGUAACAUCGAAUUAACACUUAGCAAUACUGAGUGAUUAAAAGCAUAAGUCGGAAUAUUGUAUGACUAACAUUUGAUUAAUUU